AGUGCGACUCAUUCCGUGGAAGGAAGAGGAUUGCCCUUUCAUUUUUUAUCCUUAAAAAAAAUUCCAAUAUAAAAAUUAACAAAAUUACUCCAAAAUUUUCUCUAUAUUUUUAGCUUAAUUUAUUAGCUAUCAAAUAUAUAUUUACAUAUAUUUUUAUUUGUUUUAAAACAUUAUGUCAAAAGUUCAAAGUGCAUCAAAGUGAUCAAAUCUUCAACUGUUUUUAGCUUGUAAUUUUUUCAUAAUUUUUUUUUUAUUUUUCACUUGUGUUUUAUUUAAUUUAUUUUUUAAAUUAAAAUUUAAUUUUGACUUUGUAACAAGUGUUAAAUGUUUAUUAUAAUAAAUGUGGUUUAAUUGAAGAAAAAAAAAAAAAAAAUUUCUAAAAAGAAAAGUGUAUUAAAUUACAGGAUAUAUAAAGUAGAAAAAAUAAAAAAAAAAAUAAUUACUCCAUAAUGUAUUAUUUUUUAAAAUUGUGGGUACUUUUUGGAUUUUAUUUUUGUUCAGUUAUUAUUUCUGCUGAUGGAAAACUUAAUUGUGAUGCAGUUAAAAGUUACUUUGAGGAACAAGGUUUUCCAGCAACUGACAUACCCAAGGAUCCAAUAUCAUCAAAAGAACUCAAAACAUGCGGAGGCAUAAGCAGUGGUGGAGAAGUCUGUUGCUCAGCUGACAUGGAAUUGAGACUUCAAGCAAGAGCUAAAGACAAACAUGAAAAAGCUUUGAAUCUAAAAUUAAAUCAAUUACAUCAACUUAUUGCUUCAAGAGCACACAAAUUUAACAAUUUUUUUAAAGAUCUACUGACAGCAUCAAAAAGAGGCUUUCAUGAAAUGUUCAAAAAAACAUAUGGAAUACUUUACGAGCAAAAUGCUUAUCUAUUCACUGAUUUCUUCAAAGAGUUGGAAAAUUACUUCCUGACAGGAUCGGUCAAUUUGGAUGACAUAAUGGAUCAUUUUUUCAACACACUUUAUCAAAAAAUGUUUACUGUAUUAAAUAGUCAAUAUAAUUUUGAUGCCAAAUAUCUCGUUUGUGUUGGUGAUAAUAUGAAAGAAAUGCGUCCAUUUGGUGAUGUACCACAAAAAUUAGGUGUACAAAUAAAACGUUCAUUUGUUGCAACAAGAUCAUUCAGUCAAGCAUUGGCUAUUGGAGCUGAUGUUAUUAAAAAAAUGCAGACGCUGAGGGCAUCACCAGAAUGUGCUGCAGCAUUGACAAGAAUGACAGCUUGUCCAUCGUGCAGUGGAAUAUCAGGCAAUGUUUUAGCCUGCGGUGACAUGUGUGCCAAUGUUAUGAAAGGCUGUCUUUCACAACACGCUCAACUGGAUGCUGAUUGGAAUCAUUUUGUUGAGGCUAUUGGUAAAGUUGCUGAUAGACUACUUGGUCCUUUUAAUAUUGAAAUGUUGAUACGACCAAUAAAUUUAAAAAUAUCAGAAGGAAUAAUGAAUUUUCAAGAAAAUAGUCAAGAUGUAUCACAAAGAGUAUUUACUGGUUGUGGUAAACCAGUACUUGGUAGAAGAAGAAGACGAAGAAGAAGAAGAAGUAGUAGAACUGAAAGUUAUGAUGAAACUGAUACAGCUGAUACAGCUGGUACAGCUGAAUUUGAAGAUAGUAAUAUUGACGAUGGACGUUCAUCAUCUGGUGUUAUUGAUAAAUUAGUCAGAGAAAUACGACAAAGAGUUAGAGAUUCACGUCAAUUUUGGGUUUAUUUACCUUAUCAAUUGUGCAAUGAUGGUCUUACUGUACCAGCAAGUAAUACUAAAGAAUGUUGGAAUGGUACACACGUUGACAAAUAUAUUUAUCCAGUAUUAUCAGACAACGAGCCACAAACAUUAAAUCCUGAAUUACGAGAAAGUGGUCAAAAAUCACAAAUAGUAAAAGAUUCAAUACUUGCAUUGGCAACAAUAAGUGGUAGAUUAAGAUCAGCAUUUAAUGGACAAGAUAUUGAUUGGCUUGAUGCAGAAGAAGUACUUGGUGGAUCUGGUAGUGGAUCAGGUGACAGAAAAAGUUCUCCAGGUACACCAAUUGACGAUGAAGAUGGUUACCCAGAGGCAUCUGGUGAUGGUGGUGAUAAUAAUGGAAAUACAGAUUCAAAAUCAUCAACACCAGAGAAUGUUGAUGUACCAGCUGAAACUCCAUCACCACCACCAACAGUUAAUAAUGAAACGAAAAAACCAAUUCCACGUGAUCCAAUUGACAAUCAUAUUGAUAAUACUGAUGAUAAUAAUAUUAACAACAAUAAUUCAACAUCAACGAUAAGCAGUUCUGGACAUAGAUCGAGAUUAACACUUUGGCGUGCGGUCACGUCAUAUUUAUUUCCCGUGGCUGUUAUGUGGGUGGGUGGUUGUUUCACGGAAUUAUUGUGAUUACUUCGUACAUUCAAAUCAAUUUGUAUAUAUAUAUAUUAAAUAUAUUUAAAUUUUUAAGAAAUUAAAAUCAAUUUAAAAAAAGAAAACUUAAAUAAUUUGAAACAAAAUCCAUCAUGGUAAUGACACAAAUAUUUUUAUUUUUUAUUUCAAUUUUUUCAUAAUUAUCUUUAUGAGAUUUUUAUGACGAAAUUUACAUGACCAAUGUGCCAUUUUAUAAUUUGAUGUGAAAAUAAUUUAUCAACAAAAUUUUAAAGACCAAAAAAAAUUCAAAAUUGUGAGGUCUUUAUUAAUUGUUAUAUAAUUUUUUUUUUUUUUUUUUUUUAAUUUUAAUUAUGAUGAGAAACAAAAAAAAAAUGUGAAAAAUUUUUAAAUGAAAAUUGAAUGAACUUAGUAUACGAGAGUGAGUUAGAGGACUGAGUAUUUAUUAGGAAGUUGGGUGAUUUUUUUUUUUCUGUUUUUAAAUAUUUUAUAUAAUUUUUUUUGUUUAAAAGGCUUAUGAUGGAAAUUGAUUUUUUAAAUGUUUUAUAAUUUUCUUUUUUUAUUUGUAAAGUGUAAAUAUGUAUGGCAAAACUACGGAAACUUGUAAUAAUCUUUGGUUUUUUGUAAUAAUUUUGUUUUUAAAAUUAGUAUCCAUAAAUUCCGUUGUUCUGCAAUUUUUUUUUGUGCGUGUAACAAUUAAGUUUUUGGUGUCUUAUUGAGCAAGUGUUGAAGUGUAAAAAAUAAUAAGUGAAAUAAUACGAGAGACGAUUAGAAGAAUGGAAGAUUUAAAAAGUUUAAAAAAAUAAUAACAGGCU